AGUGAGGGUUCCCAUGCAUCCGCCAUCGUCGGGGAUAUGCAGCCAGGUUGUAUAUGGACGUGGUGAUGCAUGCGUGAUCAUUGUAAUAUUAACUUUUUAUUAUUGGCGAUUGUCGAAAAGCACAUUGCUUGCUGCUUGUGAAACCCUAACGUGUCAGCUGUACAUAGUACGAAAAGCUUCGGCCUGCUACCACCUCAAGACGAUCGGAAAGCCCUUCUUGUGAAUUAUUAGGCUGUCAAUUAGAGGUCGGGGGCAUUCGGCGUUCUCCGUCAUGUUUCGGAUCAAUCGCAGGGUGCAGCUUGUUCGACGGAUCUGUGAUCGCACUUCCAUCUAGUCGUUUGUGAUUAACUUCAUGUGCAGUCACCCUUCUUCUUCUCCAGACCCUGGAGACUUCGGACUUUGGCUGGGUUUAGGUUUAUUUGUGAGUCGCGUGGUGUUGUUCAACUGUGUGGGCCUAUAUCCUUUUAGGUGCAGUCCUGUAGGUACUGGUUUGUGUCCGCCGGUGAUUGUUCAGCAUGUAAUUCGAACAAAGUGGAGGCGGAGUUGUUUUGCCAGCACUAGUUGAACCGCUGCUGUUUUGGUAUUUGAUCAUCUGAGGAGGUUUAGUGAAGGAGAACUAUAAAUAACGGAUCAGGUAUCCGAUUUAGAAGUCAUUUCGGAUAUAGAACAAGAGGUCGUCCUUUUCAACACUGUUUAGAGGUGUAUCACAUUGAGGUCACGACUCGGUGGUCUUGUGCUGGGGGAAGUUCAGAAUUGUUUGGGGGGAUGAAUUGAUCCGGGAAGGUUUUCUUUCUGGUGGGAAUUUGUGAGUGCAAGUUUCACCAGUUUGAGGCUACGAUUGGAUUGCAAGGUGCAAUCCAAAUGUCGCAGUGGCAUAUACGAGUGCCGAAGGGCGGGCUCCGCCAUUCCAAGCCAAAGCCUUCGUCCGCUCGGUGGGUAAUUUCUGGAAUAUUUACUCUUUCGAUCAUUUUCUUGUACAUGACGGCUCGGAAUGAAUGGAUCUCGGCCGUUGAGAACGCCAUGCCAAUUUCGAAAGUCACUGAACCCAGUGACAAGAACAGCCUUAGAUUUAGUCCCGUUCCGACAGAUAUUGAAGGCAGUCAGCAGGUGAAUUCGAGCUCUGCUUCGACCGACGCCGAGUUACUGGAGAAACCAGUCAUUUCAGCAGCAACCUCGGAGGUGGUCUCUGAUAUUGUGGAUACAACCCCGAAAUCUGACACGCUAGACAAGUGUGAUGGCCGGCUCAUUUAUAUCUACAAUUUAGCCAAGGAAUUCAAUCGAUUGGUUGUGGAGCAAUGUUCAAACUGGGAAGCGUGGCCAAACAUGUGCGAGGACAUAUCCAAUCAAGGAUUUGGAGUUCCAUUGCAGGUCCCAGCGUCAGACCCAAUGGCAAGCAUUCUCCAACCCCCCGAUGCGUGGUUCCGCACAGACCAAUUCACCCUUGAGAUUGUAUUCCACGAACGACUUAAAGUCCACCCAUGUCUGACCAAAAACUCCGAAGAAGCUUCGUUGUUCUACCUCCCCUUCUACCACGGCCUCGACUUGGCCCAAAACCUCUACAACAGCGACCUUGCCGUGCGAGACCGCCUGAAUGAACUUUUCGUCAAGUGGUUGCGAUCCCAGAAGCCAUGGCAGCGACACCACGGCAAACGCCAUGUCCUCGUCCUGGGCCGCAUCGUGUGGGACUUCGUCCGCAAGAUUGGCAAGGAUGCAAGCUGGGGUAGCUCUCUCCUCACGCAGCCCGAACUUACGAACGUCACCAAGCUUCUGAUCGAGCGCUCCUUGUGGGAGGACAGCAUGCUGGGAAUCCCGUAUCCCACCGCAUUCCACCCAUCCUCCGAAUCCGACCUCCGCGCAUGGCAACACACCGUCCGAACCUUCGAUCGGCGCCAGUUGGUCUCUUUAGCAGGCUCCACCCGCACCAAGAAACUGACCGGCGUCAUCCGUGAUGAAGUUUUUGAUCAAUGCACCAACUCCAUCAGCUGCCGCACCAUUUUCUGCAACAUAGAACGGUGCGUGGAGAGGCCCCAGAUCAUUCUCAAAAUGGGUCUGGAAUCCGUCUUCUGCCUGCAACCUCCCGGCGACAGCUCCACCCGGAAGGGCGUCUUCGACAGCCUGGAAACGGGCUGCAUCCCCGUUAUCUUCAACAAGCACCAAGCUCCGAAUCAGUACUUGAUGCAUCUUCCUGCGGACCACAACGACUACUCCGUGCUUGUGCCCGAGGAAGAAGUUUGCAACCGCACAUUCGAUAUCAUGGAGCACCUGAGCAAAAUUCCACCAUCAGAAAUCGCUAGAAAGCAAAAGUGUAUAGUCGAUCUGAUUCCGCGGCUAUUGUACAGGCACCCGAAGCCGGUGGGUGAGUACACAUCCCGGGAUGCGUUCGAUGUUGCCAUGGACGGUCUGAUGGCGAGGUUCGACGCGGAGCAAGCCAACUCUGGGGCGCAACUUUGACCAUGUCGACCCGAUCGAUAAGAAUUUUGAUCAAUCCUCCUCGGCGGCACAGACUUACUGGGUGGCACUCCUCAACCACCCUACUUUGGUAUCGCUAGAUGUCUCUUUAUCAACCUCGCAAUAGCUACACCCCAUUGUUUCACCCCCCCCCCCCCCACUCGCACUGAUCAAAUGAACAGCACCAGCGAAAGGAUGGCUGCAUUGUGCGGGGCACGACACGACGCGAGCACCAGGAAUCUGAACCUUGUCUAUUCACCCACUCAUACUCACUAUUUCUCUCCAUCGCUAGUGCUAGACAUGAUCAUGGUCAUCGCACGCACAUGUUGAUGCUUCCCAUCGUUGGUUUCUUCGAUGCAACGCCUAUCCGCACGAUUGUGCAAACUCAGUCUCAAGCUUCAGACUCCAUGUCGAUGCUGUUCCAUCCAUCAACUUCUUCCUGUCAUUCCAUUCGGACACGACGUCUCUGGUUUCGCAUCCUUCGGACAAGAGUUCUUAUACCUAAGCUCGGAGAAUAUUUCAGUAGCUUUCACUUGCAUUUUUAACAGAGAUUGUAAGAUUUUUUUUACUAGCAUACGGAUUGUUUUUGAAAUAAUUUAUUGAUUCUAUGGAAUGAGGCCCAUACUUGAGUCACAUUGAAUUCUUGGUUUUAGACUUUGGAAGUUGUAAUUUAAAUGUAUUUGGCACAAUCUUCUUUGGAUAAAAAAAAUUGAAUUUUAUU